AUGUCAUUUCUGUGCGGGUGCUAUAGUGAACUUGAACACGGAGCGAAGAUAUAUAAUGGGUCAUGGGUACAGUGGUUUCUCGUUAUCUCCUCCUGCACACGCACUUCACAUAAUGCCACCAAUCCAACGGACGCUAUUCUUGCUGCCACCAGACCCGAACAAGGCGACGGGAAUCCGUUUAAUUAUACACCCACCGGUUGGAUAUGUAUUUUAUUCAUAGUGCUAUUCUCUUUGACUACAGUAUUCCACAUUAUACAGGCAUUCCGACUUAAAGUCUGGUACAUGCUCCCAACCCUAGCUUUAUGCGGUCUAGCCGAAAUCAUCGGCUGGGGCGGUCGCUUUUGGGGACACAAGAACCCGUAUAAUAGAAACCCAUUCUUGAUUCAAAUAUGCACAACAAUUAUGGCACCUUCAUUUAUGACAGCUGCCAUGUUCCUAAUCUUGCCUAGAAUCGUCGGCGAGCUCGGUCAGCACUAUAGUCGGAUGUCUCCGCGACUUUAUCCAAUCAUAUUCUUGACCGCAGAUGUGGGUGCGCUUGUAUUGCAGGCAGUUGGUGGCGGCGUUGCGUCAUCUGCAAUCACCUUGGAUGGUGCGAACAGGGGCGGCAACAUUAUGCUUUCCGGGAUUGUUAUUCAAUUAGCUGCAGUAGCAUUGUUCGACUUGCUUUCUAUCGAAUUUGUUGUUCGGUACACAUUCGGUCGCCCAACCCGGAUGCUUCCCGAAAAACACGAGAAGAAACGACAAAUCCCGGAAAGGGUCGGGUUGAUGCUUGUGGGCCUUGCUAUCGCCAGUGUGUUUAUUUUAGUUCGCAGUAUCUAUCGAACUAUCGAACUAACUGACGGAUGGAAUGGGCGUGUUAUUUCAACGGAAAAAUGGUUCAAUUGGUUUGAUGGUGGUGCUAUUGUGGUAGCAAUGGUGACUUUCAACGUGUUCCAUCCCGGGCUUCUCAUCAAGAACUAUGGGAAUAACUUAUUAAACUUGAACCAAACCCCAACAAAUGACUCUUUGGAUCAAAAGCCGUCUGCUCAAGUAUGA